AUGAGCCCACUUCCGGACCAUUACGCGAUUCUUGGUGUUGCCAAGGAUGCCCAAAUUCCCGAGAUCCGAUCUGCCCAUAGGAAGCUUGUUCUAAAAUGCCACCCGGAUAAGGUCCAGGACCCGACCCUCAAGGCCGAGAAGCAGGACGAAUUCCAAAAGGUUCAGACCGCCUACGAGGUCCUCUCCAACGAAAAGGAACGACGCCGCUACGAUGACUCGCUCCGACUGGCCGAGCUCAAGGCACAGCUGCAGAACAAGGCCAACUCCUCCGCCCCCCGAAAGUACGACAUCAAGGUCUCUGAAUCUCGGUCAUCCCACAAGCCGGCCUCUGGAUCCCCAAAUGUCCGGGUGUUCACCACGUACUCGCCCCCCGGGUAUGACGAGGAGAAACGGAGCAGAUCCCAGUCUCGGUCUCGCUCGUACUACGACCACGAGCCUCGCCACUCGUCGAAGCGGGAGGCAUCAUAUACUGAGAAGCCCUCGAAGCGUGAAGCUGAGCGGGAGCGCGAGCGGGAGAGAGAGCGAGAGAAGGAGAAGGAGCAGAGAGACAAGGAGCGCCGAAGACGUGAGAAGAAGGAGAGAGAAGAGGAGGAGCUGAGACGUGCCCAGAAGAAGGAGAAGAAGGAGAAAAAGGAACGCGAGAAGGCCAAGUCCAAGGACAUCAAGAAGGGCUCCGAGGAGAAGCGACAGGAGAGGUAUGCCGAGGACAUUUUCGUUGAGCACGAAGAGGAGUACAUCCCCAAGCCGGAGAAGAAGAAGUCGUCAAGCAAGAAGCACGAGGAGAAGCGCGAGCGGGAGCGUGAUCGGUCAGUGCACCGUGAUGAGCCCAGCCCUCGAUUCCCUGACGGAUCGCACGCGCGGUCCUUUGCUCAAGAGUACAUCCGCAUGGCCAGGAGAGAAGACCCUGUGUAUUAUUCAGAGAAGCCAUCUGCCCCUACACCCCCACCUCCGCGAAGCGGCCCCCAUUCACCCCCCAAAGACGAUGAUAUUCGUCGUUCUUCGGCUCGCCGUGCCUCCCCAGAAGGCUACAAGGAGAAAUCUCGCCGAAAGGCAUCCCGGGAGCAGCUUGAUGAUGAUGAGGACGAGGUGCACAUCAGUGCCUCACCGCCAAAGUAUGCCACUUCGCCUCCAACUCUGAACAGAACAAACUCGGUGCCCUUGACAUCUUCAAGUCGGCCCAUCCCUGUUGGAAGAUCUAAGACUUUCGCCAACUAUGGUGAUGGGGGCGAGUCGCCUCGAAGUGAUCGUGGCCGACACAGGUCAAAGCACCACGCACAGCCAACGCUGGACGAGGUGGUGUCUGAUUCUGAGGAGGAUCACGACCACGAUCGCAGGCAUCGAGAGCGCAAGCACCGGAGCAGCAAGAAGCAUCGGUCCCCCGAGGGACCGGCUGAAUUCCGCUAUCAUGUCAAUGACGGACGCUCUCAUCUGUACAGCAAAUCAUACUCCUUCGCCAACCGCGCUGACUAUGAGCCCACCACCUCGUUCAGCACCAGCCCAUACUAUCCAGAGUUUGAUCACCCCACGCGUCCAUCGAUGAACGCAAGGGACUCUGGAUAUGGCGGCAGCGGCUCUUACUACGACAGGGUGAAGACCUCAAAGAGCUACGGAGUUGAUGAUAUCGCUUUCAGCAGCUACCCCUCCGCGGCAUAUGGCGGCGAAUACCCGGUUCAGGCAUAG